GCCGGCGCCGCCGCGGUCGCGGGUUAUGAGGCGGGGCCUCAGCCGGAGCCCCUGGGCUACAAGGAGGUGUGAGCCUUUCUGCCAUGUGUCUGAGAAUGAGGAAGUUAUACAAACAUAAAUGAGUGACUUCACAGAGGAGGAAGAAUAACAAUAACAACAGUGAUAACAGUAGUUUCCAGGUAUUAGUUUCAUCUGUCAAGUACUUUAUACAUUAUUUCUCUUUAAAGUCUCAAAACACGUUAGGAGGAUGAAAAUUUAUAGGAAUUCAGAAGAAAAUAUUUUGGUGAUCAUAGUAAAAGCUUCGAGUCAGAUGAGUUUCGCAUCAUGCUGUGAGCACUGUGUUUGGGCCGGAUGUGGCUUCCUUCAAGUAGGCGUGCUCUCUGUGGGGGGAUUCAUUCUGCGACAGGCAGAGAGCGGACCCGGCAGGAUGAAGGGGUUCUUUGUGCUUGUGCUGUCUCUCACCUUGCUGAUUUUCUUCUCAGGGGCUUCUCCGAUUCUGACGGAAAAGCAGGCCAAGCAGCUCCUGAGAUCCCGGCGCCAGGACAGGCCGAGCAAACCCGGGUUCCCCGAUGAGCCCAUGCGGGAGUACAUGCACCAUCUGCUCCUCCUGGAACACCGUGCCGAGGAGCAGUUCCUGGAGCACUGGCUGAACCCACACUGCAAACCCCACUGCGACAGGAACCUGGUCCAUCCCAUCUAAGAGGCUCGGGACCAGCCUCUGCAGGUGCUUUGAUGAGCAAAGGCCCGGAUACUAUUGAAACAAGAUGAGGCUCCUUUCAUUUCUUUUCCAGUUGUGGAGUGGAGAUCUCCAGGGCUUGUGAAUUGUGGGCACAGCAAGAUUGUCUUGGGACUAACGGCAAAUAUUUAUGCUGCUUCACUUUACUAACCUGAACAACUCAUUAAAACCAAUCCCUUAAACUGUAGAUCCUCCCUCCCUCCCCUUCAAUGAUCCCUUCCUACCAGUUUGAAGGGUAAGUAGAAGGGGAAUCUUUCCUGGGGCUGGUGGAGCUGGGACCUCCAGAACAGGAGAGAGGUUAGUGGGAAAGCCUUGUUCAGCCCAGUGAAACACACCACUCAGGCUGCGGGGGUUUUGGUCAUUGCUUUUUUUCCUCUCUCCU